AGCGGAGGCGGCAGAGUAGAUCAGAGGAAGUUUAUAGAAAUAGACAUGGCGAGUCCUCGAACACGGCGAGUUUUAAAGGAAAUAAAGCCGAAAGAUGGUAACAGUGUAAGUGUAGUUAUCAGUUAUUAUCAUAUUUGGAAUCCUGUAUUGUAUAUAUAGAUCAAUCGUGACGAUUUUCUCUUUUUUUUGAUCGCGUAGAGUUGUUUCGAAUGCGGGGCACACAAUCCUCAAUGGGUAAGCGUGACCUAUGGGAUAUGGAUUUGCCUUGAAUGUUCAGGGAAACACCGAGGUUUAGGAGUUCAUUUAAGGUAAGAUGAUGUAUUAUUUACAGUAAUAAUGAACUUGUUUAACGAGUUUGUCGUUGAAAAUGCGCGAUGAAUCUUUUUUUUGCGGAAAGCCGGUUAGAAUGUAAAUUGUAUGAGGUACCGUGUGGAAGUAUGAGCGCUCUAUUGAGCAAGAAUUCAAUGGCGUCAUAGAAUUUUGAUAGUUUAUCACUGUGGUGACCUGAUCACGUAUGGAUUUAGUUUUUGUGCCAAUGAUUUCAUACAGGGUUUUUUCAUCGAUGGAAUAGGUCAUCAAAAUCGAAAGAAUAUCUCGUACAACUGAGAAAUUAGUCCCAACAUAACAAACACGACACAGGCGAUCAAAUGAAAAUAUUCCAGUGAUUUUGUAUCUUACUCUAACGUGUUAUGAAGUGAAACAAACUACUGUAAGCCUGUGGAAGAAAAGCACCUCUUUAAAUUGAAAACUCCGCGUAUCUUAAUUGCUUGCUGAUAUUCUUUACAACCAACAACUUGAAAAGAUUUCAUUCAAGAAUGUUUAUGCCAUGUAUUCAUGUUGGUAAUGACAACAACAACAAAAACAGUGGUUGAGACAGAGACACUGAAAAAAUGAACAAAAAAUAAAAAAUAAGAAAAACAGGAAAUACUUAUCUACAAAUCCUACAUGUAUGUCAUGGAUAUGUGAAUGAUCUUCGCAGUAAUGAACACUACUUAGGUAACCUUUUAACUCCCAGAUCAAAUUUGUAAUUCUCCUUACUGUCAACUAUACAAUUCUUGUAAUGUUAUACAGAGAAUUUAGUAUUGGAUCAACUGAUAAUCUCAAAAUUGAUAUUUUUCUUUAUUUUAAUCACUUAUCUUAUUGAUAUUGUAGGGUGAAAUUAUCCCUUGGUCACUUAUGGGAGUGAAAGGGUUAAAAAAUAAGCAAUAGUUAAAAUAAAGCCUGGGAAAAAGUUAGGCCUGUAUAGGAGUAAACCUAUUACCUCUGCAAUACCCGUGCAGUGCUCUACCAACUUAGCUAAUAAGUUUUAGCAAUAGGUUCAACUCCCAUACAGGCCUGGAUUUGUUUCAGGCUUUAUUUUUACUACUUCUUAAGUAGCAUUCAUUACUGCAGGGAUCAUUCAUGUAUUCAUUUAUUGAUCAGUAGUUUACAUGUAUUAUUUUUAUAUGUUCAUAGUCAUAACUCCAUAUGUUAUUUUGUACAAUAUUUAAAUGAUGCCAUUAUUAAUCUGGUAUUCCUUUCCCAAAUAGUACACUCAAGAAAGUCCAAAAAUUACCCUAUCUUUGUAUGACUCUGUUCUUCAUUUCAUGUAUUGCUACUUUAAGCUGUUCUUAGUCAUCUCUCCAGUUUUUUAGUUUGAUAAACAAACCAGUUACUGAUUGUUAUACAAUUCUUGUUUUAGUUUUGUAAGAUCAGUAACCAUGGACAAAUGGAAAGACAUUGAGCUGGAGAAAAUGAAGGUACCAGCAUCUAGGGAAUAAAACAUUUUGAUUUUAAAGUAUACAGAAACAUCCAGUGAAUAAACUGUCUUAAUUAAUCCUAACCCUAGCCCCAAGAGUGAUCAGCAUUUAAUUUUCUCCCCUUAGUAAUAAUGCUAAAUCAUUUGAUAAGAUCAUGAGAAUAAAGGAGAUGAUAGCAAAUUGAUAAGCUUUGAUUGUGAAACAAAUUCUCCUUGUCAGUACUAAAGAAAAUGUACAGAGAAGUACAUGGAGAAUGUGGAUACUGGUGUCAGGGUGUAUAGGGUUAAGGAAUAAAUGAAAAAUUGACAAUGAUAACAAAAAAAUAAUGAUAAUUAUAAUAAUGAUGAUUAUAUUUUAGUAGUUAUGAUAAGAACAAAAAUGACAUGAUCUUUGAAAGAAUUUGUAUUAUUGAGAAAUAUUAAUAAAAAUUGUUUGUUAAUUGUCAGGUUGGUGGAAACAGUAAAGCAAAAGCUUUCUUCAAGUCUCAACCAGAUAUCCGAGCAGAUAUGUCCAUUCAAGAAAAGUACAACAGCAGGGCAGCAGCACUUUACAGAGACAAGGUAUGGUUUAUUCCUAGAUCUGGGCCUCACUUCCUCUCUCUCUACCUCUCUUCCACUUCAAAGGCUUGUUCAAUUAUUUACCAUAAAACUGUGCACAGGAUGGGAAAAAAGUUGAGGAAACAUAAAGGAAGGAUAGAAAUAGAGGAGGUGAGAAGGGAGGUUCCCAAUAAAUCCAUCUCCUCAUCUCCUACCCAAAAAAACUGAUAGAUAAAACUGUAAUGCAGGAUCACUGGAAAUUUUUGCUUUGAGAAGAAGGGAAGGAGAGAUUCAGUGGAUUACUCCCCACAUUUAGAAACAUUCAUGCACUUUCAUUGCUUACAUUUUUUUAUUUGUCAUUUAUUGUUUUUUAAAGUCUUCUUUGCAGAAAGUCCUUGAAGAAGGGAUGUUCUCAUGCUUGUUCUUCAGGGUCUUCCUCAUUUAUGCUCACUAAGAAAGGGAGAGGGAUGAGAGAGAUGAGAGGAUAAUUAUUUUUGAAUGAUAUUAUAUUAUAUUAUAUUACAAUUUCCUUUUGAUUCAAACAGAUUGCAGCCUUAGCUGAUGGAAGGUCAUGGUCAGAAGAAACCUCAUCAGCUAAAAACUAUGAACCACCUCUGAGCAGAAAUUCAAGCAGUUCUUCAGUCAGUCGGGCAGCCAAUGGUUCAAAUUCAAUGAGUUAUGGCUCCUCUUCACCUGAAUCCAUGCUGGGAAUAUCGAAGUAUGAGAGGCCAAUUUUUGUUUGACUAAGUCAUGAAAUAUAAUAGUUAGUGAAAAAAGUGAGCACACAAAGUUAGAGACCACUAUUGAAAAAGCUGUUAAUUUUUCUCAAGGGUAAGGCAAAGGAAAUAUUAAACCUCAGACCCUCUGAAUUUGCAGUUGGAUACACUACCAACCAGACUAUUAAGAACUUGUUGGCAAGCCAGGCCUCAUGCCAGGUUCACAGGAGACAAAUCUAGCUUCACCGAUUUUAUUUAACCCUUUACAUCCUAACUUCAGCAUCUAUAUUCUCCAUACUCUUCUCUAUACUUUUCCUUUGGCACUGACAAGGAGAACUCAUUUAAAGAUCAAAGCUUCCAAGGUUGGCGAUCAUUUCCUUUAUUCUCAUUACCUUAAUGACUGACUCAGCAAUACUUUUGUAAAGAGAAAUUUUAUGCUGGUCACUGCAAGGGUGUAAAGGGUUUGAAAAUGGAAACUGGUAGGGUACAAACUUUCCAUGAGCCAUUUGGGGUUGUGAUUUUAACUUAAUGCUUUAUUUCCAGGAGUGAAUUAAAUGCUCAAAAAGAGGAUUUCUUCAGCCGGAGACAGAUGGAAAAUGCUUCAAGGCCUGAGUAAGUCAUUACUGGAAUAAAUUAGUGGUUUUUCUUUUUUAGUCAAAUUUGUAUAUCUUAUGCAUUCCAUAGAGGCUUUCCUUCAUGUAACUUCCUCCUCUCUCAGUAACUUAAAAAGUGUUUCUCUUUCAAUACCGUCAUCAUCAUCAUAAUUGUUAUCAUCAUCAAAAUAGUCAUCAUCGUUCUUUCAUUUCUCUUGAUGGGAUGUGUCACACCACAGAUCUCCAGCCCAAGCACUCCUGCUAGUUGCUUACUAGAUAACUUAUAUUAAUGAUAAUUUAAAAAAAAAAAGUUAAUUUAUGGGCCAGUAGCAGAGACUAACAGAUGAUUUCAUUUGGUUACAUUUGGUUUGAAUUUUUAUUUUUAGUAAUCUACCUCCGAGUCAAGGUGGACGAUACACCGGUUUUGGAUCGGCACCAGUUGUAACCGCAAGUAGCUCAGGUAGGUUGACAUCUUUUUUAUGACCUGCUCAGUAACUUCUUCCCUAGAAAUGUCCAUUACUUGACAAUGAGCUUCCUACCAAUGUAUUUUUAAUGGUAAGGUAAUAUUAUUGUCCAGAGUAAAAGGUGGCAGAUUAUCUAGAACUUUUAUUCAUUUAGGGAACCUAUUUCCCCACCAUAUUUCUCAUUCUGCCAGUGAAGUCAACCCUCAGUUCAAAACUAGUGCUUGGUUGGUUUUGUCUUUUCUCCAACCCUCUGGCCCCAAGGAGCAACAACAACUAAUUUUUCCCUACAAUAUCAUCUCUGAAUCACAUGUUAAGGUCACAAGAAUAAAAGAAAGCUCUUGAUUGUUUAACAAUUCUCCUUGUCAGCACCUUAGAAAAAGUAUGGAGAAAAGUAUAGAGAAUAUGCAUACUGAUAUCAGGGUGUAAGGAGUUGAUUCUAAAAUUACAAUUUCAAUUGUGUUCAUUUGUAAUUUACAUCAUUUUUUUCUGUCAGUCUUUUGUAAUUAAUAAUUAUUUAUCUCGCAUGACUCUUUUUUUUUUUCAUUUAAACCAACACUUCUUUAGGUUGGGACUCAACAUUUUCUUCUCUUUCAUCUGUAAGUUGAAGAUUUUUUCAUUUAACUGUAUUAUUAAUUUAAUUCUGAUAAUAGUGGUAGUAUUACAAAUGAAGAAUGAUCCUGCCUGCAAUUAAUAAUACACUGUAACAAAUCUCAGUCACAACUGAUGACUUCCACUUGCCUCCAUAACAUCACAGCAAAACUGACCAAUCCAUUUUGAAGAACUGAAAUUACAACAUUUGACUUACAUGAAACUCUUCACUUGUGUUUGAUUAUGACUUCCUCCCAUGUUUUUAAAACAUUUGUCAGUGACUCCAAGCAAAGUCCAAUCUAGAACUACUUACACUCUGGGGAUCCCACUUAACAUGACAUUCUCUUUUGAUACUUUGGUGGUGGUCUUUCCUAUCAUCGCAAAGCAGGAUUCACUAAGUGAUAGAUUGUUUCAACAUAUUUUUAACCCUUUAUUUCUACAUGUAGGAGUGACCAAAAAUAAUUUUAUUCUUACAAUGUUGAUACUAAGAGAAAGGUGAUUAGAACUGAGAAAAAUGUUGACUGGGCAUAUUGUUUGAUUUAAGACCUCAUUCUUGAAGCCAAAAUUGUGUGAAAUGUAUAGGAGACUGUUUGGAGAGUUGAUAUUUUGAUCUUGAAAAAAAACUAGAGCUGAAAUACAUGGUUAUGUGUUGUUUAGGGUUGGAGUUCAUUUACCACUGGAGCUGCUCAAUUGGCUGCUGUUGCCUCACAACAAGUAAGAAGUUUUAUUUCUUCUAGUUUUCCUGACCAAGUGGAAAAUAGAAAUAGGGAAAACAGAUCAAGAUACACAGUCCAGUGGGACACAUUUUGAUAUUUAUGAUAUCUGAGUUCACAUUCAUUAUUCUCUGUAAAAGCAAACAUAUGAUCAAGACAUGUUUAGAAUAGUAGGUGAGUCAUGCAUUCACAAUUUUCCAGUCGAUGUAUUUUCUCAGAAACAUUUGGGUUAGGAAAGCAAUGAGCAGUUAGCAAGAGAAUGCUCACAUGUAACCAGGUUUUCUUCCCUCAUUUCAAGGCUCUUGUUGAACUCAGUUUCUGUCAGCCAAUUCCUUGUCCUCUUUGUAGGCCCAACUAACCCUCUUUCUCAAUAGAGAAGGUGCUAGGAAAAAGCACAUUUUUGGGAUUGGCCCAAAGUUUAACAGUAAUUUAUCUUGCAAUUAUCAUCCUCAUAUAUUUUUAUUACUCCUUGUGAUGUUUUUGCAGGCUGUUAAGCUGGGUUCAACAGUCAAUGAGUCAGUUCUCAAACCAACAGCAUCCAAGGUAUGUACUGGAGAGGAACUGAAGUCACCUACCACUGUCAGUCCAAGAUGAGCAGCUUUUGAUGGUUUAAUGAGUCUUGUACAAUAUAUUCCUAUUACACUUAAGUUGAAAUGGAAAAGAAGAAUCAUUUCUUCAAAGUUUAAAAAUUGGGCAACCAUACCAUGAAUUUGGUUGCACUCAUGAAGCCAAUUUGGUUCCUUGUCGGAAAACUCCACAUACCAAGUGCAGUGGGUGCAAAACAUCCAUGGUAUUCCUUAAUGUUCGUGGUGUCUCUUUUCUUUCUUGGAUCACACACCUGACUCACCCCGUUUAACUUUUAAUUAGGAAGGCAGCCUCCCUCCUUGGGCAAAAUGGCACAUUUUCAAUAUUCUCAUAGACAAGAAUUUGAAAGAAAGGAAUUUUAGGACAUUGAUGUACUGGUAUUUUGGUCAACUUUCCUACUUGUUUUACAAAUUAAGUGUAGUUGUGAUGUAAUUAUAUGGCAGCCAAUAUCCUCUUAGUUUAUGCAAUAAUUUUAUGUGCCUGGUGUUCAGUUGUCCAUUUUUUUCCCUCAAACAAUCAGCCUCAAACCAAACAAAAUUUAGUUGCCUAAUAAACUUUCUGGAAAAAGGGGAUGGUUGCUAAUUUCAAGCAAUUUUUUGUAAUGAACUCUUUAGGAACAACUAUGACACUGUACUUUGAAGUUUGAAUGUCUUAUUGCACAUACUAGAAAGAUGUUAUCACUCUAAGAGUGAUGACAGUGAUAUAUUUAAGAGGUAUAAAGAUAUUUUGUUUAUCUCAGGCUGUAGAACUGGGAAGUACUAUGAAUGAAGGGAUGAAGAAAGUAUCGACAAGGGUAAGUUUUGUUUUGUUUUGUCUUUUUGUUUCACUGAUUCUCGUGUAGAGAAUACAUAUCUCUCUAUAUUGGAAGUUGACUUAAAAUCACAACCUGGGGAUCAUACACUAAAGUAUUCACUACACUUAAAACUGUCAAUGAAUUACUAGAGACGUUUGAACUUCCACUUGACAAGGGUAAGUGGACCUCCUACAAGACUUGUUCAGACAUUAACCUGAAGAAGUUCAAGUUUGUCUUUGUUUCAUUCAGUCAAGAAAAGUUUCUUUUGUUUGAAUCUAUAACUUGUUUUAGAACUUUUUCCUUUCUCACUUAUUUGUGUAAUGGAUCUACCUCAUAUUGUCGAUGUUAAAAGAUCAGAAAGUAACCUAAAAAAAUUAAUUUUUUCUUUAACCCUUUAACCUCAGAGGGUGGCUAGCAUCUAAUUCCUCACCAAGGUAUCACUGUAGAAUCAAACAUAAGCUCAUGAGGAUUAAUGAACUGACCCCAAUUGAAAAGCUCUUGAUUUUUAACAAAAUCCUCCUGUGAAUGCCAUAGUAAAUGUAUAAACAACAUUAUAGACAUCAUCCAUGCUAAUGUUAGGUAUAAAGAGUUAAUUCCUCUACUUACUUAAAAUUUAUUUUCAAUUCUCUUUCUGGUCAUGAAAAUUUUGAUUCCUGUAAUUUUGAUGGAAAGCCAUCACAUAGUUGAAAAUGAUAAGUUAUGCUCAUUUGAGGUCUGAUCGUAAAUAAAUUGAUCUGACAGAAGCAAGCAAGAAAGUACCUGAAUAAAAAAAGAAUUUAUUGACAAGUUCUGUUCAUGUGAUUUUGAAUGAAACAUUUUACAUUUAAGGUCCAGGAAGGCAAGCUUCUUGAUGACGUAACAACCUCUAUGUCCAGUUUGUCCACAAAGGUAUGUUUUCUUUUUAACUCUGUCAUCUGUGUUUUUGCCCUGCACUACAGUGUAAUUCCUUGGCAUAUUUUGCAUAUUCCAAUGUCCUAAAAUGGUUAAUGGCAUAAUAGUUGAAUACUAAAAUAUGUCCAAUACUGUUUUCACAUAUUGGCAAGUGGUUAAAAGAUAUUUUGACUUGAGCUAUGUCUUUUUGCAGUCAAAAAUUGACCUUUCCCCCCCUUACGAAUGUUACCUGUUGCACUUUACCUUGAAAAUCCAAAAACUGUGAUCACCAGAAAUAUUUCUGAAGUGUGUUUGUGUUUUGGAAAAUAAGGCUGUUAUUUGGGGUUUCUUUUUUCUGUUUUUGCCUCGUGGCUUUCUGAGUUUGACAGGAAAAAUCAUUGAUUAUCAACUGAAAGAAACUUGUUACAUUGAAACAACUUUUAUUUAUAGAUGCGUGAUGCCAGCUCGAAGGGAUGGACAAAUCUUCAGACUGCCAGUGUAAAAGGUUGGGCAAACAUCCAAACACUUGUCAAUCAAGGCGCUGGUGGUUAUGGAACAAAGUCUCUGACAAGUGGAGGAACCUCAGGAGGAGGAUAUGGUUCAGUUAAUGGUGUGUCAGCAAUGAAUAGUACUGCUACUCUUAAAGAUGAUAAUUGGGAUUGGGAUGGCUAUGAAGAUGUAAAUGAUGAAGAAGCUGAUGAUAAUGAGGCUAGUAAUGGCAAGGCAUCACUGAAAGGCAAUGAUGAAGAUAAUGGGGAUUCUUGGGCAUGGGGAAGUGAUUCUGAAAUCACAAAACAGCCAACCUUAUCCAAGAAUGGCACAUCGCAGAAUACAAGGGAGUCAUUGUCAUCAUCGAGGCGAAAAACAAAAUCGCCACCAAAGACUGAAGCUGCAGUAGCAAAAAAUGAUGGUUGGGAAGAUUUGAUUAGUUGGGACAAUGAUGGAUGGGGCGAGUCCAGUGCCUGGAGCAAUGAAGAAUGGCAGAGUAGUUCAGCUGGUAAAUCAAAGAUAAUAGCUGGAGGAGAGGGGGAAAUAAAGAUGACUGAACUAAAACAUUAUUAAUUAAUGAAUGAUUAUUAUUUUAUUAAGACCAGAGUCUUCUUAGAGCCUCAAUCCUUUCUUCAGUACCAGGUAUCAGCAACUUCAUCAU